AGAUUAUAAACAAAGUGUGUGAGAGAUGGUGUGGAGAAUGUGCACGUAAAAUGGAAAUGAAAUAAGGGUCUCGAGCUCGUUACGCUAUCAAAUAAACGGUGUUUAGCGAUAAAAAGCCGUCCCAGUGGUCAUCGGCAAGCCGGCGCUGGCUCUGGUGAACUUAUUUUCCCGGAAAAGUUCGGAAAAACUGAACGCCAACGCCAUCCCCACGAGGGCAUACUCGGUGGUGUAGUGAUUUCGUAAUGAAGAACAACAACAACAACAGCAGCAGCAGCAGCAACAACAGAAGUCACCACAAGAACAUAACAACCAAAGCAUAGCGUGGAAAAUACUUGGCGGGGGAGUUCCCAGCAUAGCAAGCAUAGACCCAGCCUGCACGGUCGUUGCCGUCUCCCACGGCACGCUUUACCGCACCAGUUACAAAUAGACCGGGCCGACCGGGGAUGAUGUGCAGCAGCGCAGCAGUGUGGCCUUAGUUUUAUUACUUUUCCUCUUGUUUUUCGUGGGUGAUAAUUUCUGCACCACCAGCAGCAGUUUGCACGGGCCAGUGGUGUGGUGCAUACAUAAUUCGAUCGAAGAAAAGGGUUAUAGCAUAAACCGGUGCAAACAGCACACCAGUCAGAGUAGCAGGCGUUGCGUUCCGAGAUCGUCAUCACCAUCAUCCCCCCUAGCUAGGGGUUUUCUUUUUUUUCGGUCCGUCGGUGGGAAAAGUAACUGUAUUUCGGGCGCAAAGCAACGCAUGCUUUUGCUGUGUGCACUCUGCUAGAGGUAAACGCAACGGAACCCACAUCUGCCAAACAACCCUCAAGGUAGCACACGUACAGAGGAGUCACCCCAAACUGUGAUUUUUUUAUUUUUAUUAUUCGCUAAUCGAUUGUGCAAGAUUGCGUUAGUGCGCGCGUGUAGUGAGGAAGGUUGUGUGUGCGUGUGUGUGUGUACCACGCGCGACGCAGGUGACGAAAUUGGCAGCAGGAUACAUUCAAGGAACUGCCGCAACGCUUCCGGUUCCGGUCAAUGUUGCCAAAAACGGGCGUGAGGAAGGAGUAAUAAUUAAGCAAAACACACGCGGCCGCAGUAGCGAACGAUGGUUGCCUGGAUGGUGUCCCACAAGCGGCACGUCCGGAUACUGCUGGUAGGCGAUCAGGGUGUCGGCAAGACGUCCCUCAUCCUUUCCCUCGUUAGCGAAGAGUUCCCGGAGGAUGUACCGCUGAAGGCGGAAGAAAUCACCAUACCGGCGGAUGUGACGCCCGAACAGGUUCCCACCAACAUAGUCGACUAUUCUGCGGCCGAACAAACGGAUGAAGCACUCGCAGAAGAAAUUCGCAAGGCACACGUCGUCUGCAUCGUUUACUCGGUGGACAGUGAGGAAACGCUGGAUGGCAUCACCGAACGAUGGCUACCGAUGGUGCAAAAGUGUUCCGAGAUGGAGCGGAAGCCGGUGGUGCUCGUAGGCAACAAGAUCGACCUGGUCGAUUAUUCUACUAUCGAUCACGUCCUAACAAUCAUGGAAGAUUACCCGGAAGUCGAGAGUUGUGUGGAAUGUUCCGCCAAAACGCUGCACAACAUUUCCGAGAUGUUUUACUACGCGCAGAAGGCAGUUCUGCAUCCAACCGCACCGCUGUACAUAAUGGAAGAGCAAGAUCUAACCGAAGCUUGUAAAAAGGCACUCGUACGUAUCUUCAAAGUGUGCGACAUCGACGGCGAUGGGCUGCUGAAUGACUACGAGCUAAAUCACUUCCAGCGCCGCUGCUUCAAUGCACCGCUCCAGCCGCAGGUGCUGGACGAGGUGAAGGCGGUGCUCAUGAAGAACACACCGGACGGCAUCCGGGACGAUUCGGUCACGCUCAGCGGCUUUCUCUUCCUGCACUGUCUGUUCAUACAACGCGGCCGGAACGAAACGACCUGGGCCGUACUGCGCCGGUUCGGGUACAACGAAAGCCUAACGAUGAGCGACGAAUACUUACACCCGCCGGUAAAGAUCCCUCCGGGCAGCAGCACCGAACUGUCGCACCGUGGCCAACAGUUUCUGGUGUCGCUGUUCGAGCGUAGCGAUCGCGACGGUGACGGCGCACUGUCACCGGUCGAGUUCCAGAAGCUGUUCAGCGCCUGCCCCAGCCCACCGUUCUCCACCGACAUCAAGCGCACGAUACCGACGAACGAGAACGGGUGGCCCACGCUGCACGGCUGGCUUUGUCGCUGGAGCCUUAUGACGCUGGUCGAUGUGAACAAAACGCUCGAAUACCUUGCCUAUCUGGGUUUUAACGUGCACGAGAACGAAUCACAGCUGGCGGCGAUUCACGUCACGCGCGAACGGCGGAUCGAUCUGGCGAAAAAGCAAAACAGUCGCACCGUGUACAUGUGCCACGUGAUCGGUGCGAAGGAAGCGGCCAAAACGACCUUCUGCCGUGCGUUCCUAGCGCAGGACAUGAAGCGGCUUACCGAGCGGGACAUUCGCCACAGCAAUCGGUACGCGAUCAACACGGUGCAGGUGUACGGGCAGGAGAAGUAUCUGGUGCUGCGGGACGUCGAUGCGCGGCUCGUGCUGGAUCCGCUGCAGCCGAGCGAGGUGAACUGUGACGUUGCGUGUCUGGUGUACGACGUCGGCAACCCGAAAUCGUUCGAGUACAUCGCCCGGAUAUACAUCAAGUACUUUGCGGAGAGCAAGAUUCCGGUGCUGAUCGUCGGCACCAAGGCGGACCUGGAGGAGGUCCGGCAGGACUAUCUGCUGCAGCCGCCCGACUUUUGCCACAAGUACAAACUGCUGCAGCCCCAGUUCUUUAGCGUGAAGCACAACAAGAAAGACAUCUACACCAAGCUGGCAACGAUGGCGGCUUUUCCUCGAUUUCAAGCAGCGUGGAUACUGUUUUAUAAGCAUAGAUUGGUACAACUGUGGGAAACAACCCAUCUGAAGCAAUUCGGGCUUAUGUCGAGCGAUCCGCUGCUCUGGUGGAAGGCUGGUCUCGGCCUAGCAGCGGCAACGAUUGUCGGCUUUUUCGUCGUGAAAGCGUUCCACGGUCCUGGUUCGACUGCAACACGAUGAGGAGCGCAAUGGGCGCGGACCGCACUCUCAUCCCACAACUGUGUACAUACAUACGAAUGUUCUCGCGUACAGACGGACGGAAGAACAGAACAAACAACCAAGAAAGGUACACUUAACACUUAAGCUCUAUAUACAUAAACGUAGCAACUCCAGUUUGCACGGGGCAAAACACACAAACACACGAGCAAUAAGCGAUCGUUGUUGUGGUUUGUGAGUGGCUCUGCUACGCGCCAAAUAGAAUUACUUGUGUUUGCGAGCGGGAAAAGUAGUGCUUUUAGAAGCCAGUUUCAUCAGCCGUUUGGCGAUAAGGAUAAAGGUAGUAAAUGCAAACAAAAAGUAUUGACUGGAACUUUGGACAAAAUCUUCCACCCAAAAAUCAUCCCCCUUUCACAUUUCGAUUGAGUUGAGUGAAUUUCCAUUAUGAAAACUGCUGUUGCAGCCCGUCUUCAGUCUUCGUCUUCAGCGCAGUCUGUGAAGCAUGUACGUAAUAUAUAGUAAUUUACCCAGUGUACACCGAGAGAAGCUUUGUUCUGCUAGUAGAAAGUUGUGUUGUUUGCCUCGAAAAGGGACUACAACAUUAGACACUAACCAUACCGUAGUCAGUAGUUGCAUGAUGGCGGCGGCAGCAGCUACAACAGCAAUUAUUGUUUGAAAACGGUGAGACAAAACGAAGAGCCGACAUUAAACUUAACAUUCGUAUAGAAA